UGUUGUUUUGGUUGGUUGUUCCUUGACUUGGUGAUUGAGAUUAUUGAAGAAGGUUGUUAACACACUUGGGCGCCGCUCCCCCGUCAGACGAGCGUCGGCCAUGGCGGCGAUGGCGCACAAAGGGCCCGACACGCCCGGUGGAAGCAGCGGCGGCGGCGGCGGCAGUACGGUGCAGCUCAAGGACCUCGUCCCGGCGGCCAUGAACACCGUGAACACAACGUUCAUCGUCCUCGACAAGGCGGCCAGGGCGCCGGCGCACGGCCGCGGCGAGGCUAGGGAGGAGACGUGCCUGGCGCUCGUGGCCGACGAGACGGCGGCAGUGCACUUCCUGCUGUGGGGCGCCGAGUGCGACGCGUUCGAGCCCGGCGACAUCGUGCGUCUGACGGGCGGCAUCUUCUCGUACCACAGGGGCAACAGCCUCGCGCUGCGCGCCGGCCGGCGCGGCCGCACGGAGAAGGUGGGCGAGUUCACGAUGCUGUUCGUCGAGACGCCCAACAUGAGCGAGGUGAAGUGGGCUCGCGACCCCAGCGACCCCAAGAUGAUGGUGCAGGAGUCCGUCGUCUCGCCGCACUCUCAGGUGUUCAAGCCGCUGCAGUGACCGAGUUUCAGACGUCAGCGUUAUCUGUCCCUAAAGUUUUUUGUGCUGAUGAACAAAUGAACAAUUGCACAUUUGGGAUGAUUGUCUGGUUUAUUUAGAAAAAAAUAAAAUGAUAUAUUGCAAAUAAAAUAUA